AUGGGGCUACAUAUGCUGGGUUUCAGGGUUGAGAUGGCGUGUCGAGGAAGUGGGAAUGGAUUGGGGAUCCUGCUGGUAUUCUUACUGGAUUUACUGGGGACGACGGCCAGCAAUAUGGAGCCCAUCUACUGGAACUCCCUGAACGAAAGGUUCAGGGACGAUAAGGGCUACGUUCUGUACCCUCAGAUCGGGGACCGGCUGGACCUGAUCUGCCCUCAGCUGGACACCGCCAGGUCCACGCCAGAGUACGAGUUCUACAAGCUCUACCUCGUGUCGUCACGGGAGCAGGCGGACCGCUGCGAAGUGAUGGGCCCUCCCAACAUCGUGCUGACCUGCGACGAGCCAACCCGAGAGCGUCGCUUCACCAUCAAGUUCCAGGAGUUCUCGCCCAACCUCUGGGGCCACGAGUUCAAGAGCCUGCAUGACUACUACAUCAUCGCUACAUCAGAUGGGACUCGCCAAGGCCUGGAUAGCAUGAGAGGCGGAGUGUGUGCCACGCAAGGCAUGAAGGUGGUCCUGAAAGUGGGGCAGAGCCCAUAUGGGCUGCCUCCGAAGAAGGAGCCAGCAGGACGCUCCACCACCAGAAACUCAGGCGGCGCAGGGAACUCCACCCAGUCUCGAGGACCUAACACUUACGGGGGAACCGAGGGCGGCGGCGAGAACGGGCCCCUCCAAGCCUCCAACAUCGCCGUCAUCGCCGGCGCCGCGGGAGGUUCCGCCUUCCUCCUGCUAGUCACCGCUGUAAUCUGCGUGGUGUGCUACCGGCGGCGGCACGCCAAGCACUCAGACACCCACCACCCUCCGCUGUCGCUGUCCUCACUCACCAGCCCCAAGCGGGGAGGCGGCGGAGGCAUCACAAGCUCCAACAACAACGGAUCUGAGCCAAGCGACAUCAUCAUCCCGCUGAGGACGUCAGACUCGGCCUACUGCCCGCACUACGAGAAGGUGAGCGGGGACUACGGACACCCCGUCUACAUCGUCCAGGAGAUGCCGCCUCAGAGCCCGGCCAACAUCUACUACAAAGUAUGA